UUUUCCAUCAAAACAAACAUCUCUUCCCCCAUAAAAGCUUCCUUAAAAACCAUGACUGUUGCAUUUUUCCCACUUGUUUCUACUAACCCCAAUUAUGCCUUUGCUUUCACCACACAACCACCAGCCAUUGAUCCAAAGGAAGCAAAGUUUUGGGUCUUUGGAAAUGGUGAAUAUGGAGCUGGAUAAACAGCUUGAUCUUCAACAACCUUUUGGUGUGGAUUAUGGGAAGCUUGAAAAUGGCCUUGUUUAUUAUGUUAAAUGUAAUCCUAAGCCCAGAAAAAGAGCUUCGCUCGCUCUUGCUGUUAAAGUCGGCUCGAUUUUAGAAGAGGAAUAUGAGCGUGGAGUUGCUCACAUAGUUGAGCAUCUAGCCUUCUCUGCCACAAAGAAAUACACAAACCACAACAUUGUUAAAUUUCUUGAAAGCAUCGGAGCCGAAUUUGGGCCUUGUCAGAAUGCAGUAACAUCCUUUGAUGAGACUAUAUACAAGUUGUUGAUCCCCAUUGACAAGCCUGAGCUCUUAUCUGAAGCCAUUCAAGUCCUAGCUGAGUUUAGUUCAGAGAUUCGGCUCUCGAAAGAUGAUUUGGAGAAAGAAAGGGGAGCAGUUAUGGAAGAGUAUAGAGAUAAUAGAAAUGCCAAUGGAAGGAUACUUGAUGCAUAUUGGACAUUGAUGAUGGAAGGGUCCAAGUAUGCUGAUCGAUCACCUAUUGGACUGGAAAAUGUAAUAAAAACCGUUUCUUCUCAAACUUUGAAGAAAUUUUAUCAAAAAUGGUACCAUCUAUGCAAUAUGGCAGUGAUUGCUGUUGGAGAUUUCUCUGAUACAAAGAGUGUCAUUGAGUUAAUAAAAACUCAUUUUGGGCAUAAAUACUCAGCAUUGGACCCUCCAUCAAUACCUCAUUUUAAAGUUCCUUCUCACGAGGAUCCUCGCUUUUCAUAUUUUGUGGAACCUGAAGCAUCUGGGUGUGCAGUGAUGAUUAGCAAUAAAAUGCAAGUAGAUGAAUUAAAGACAAUGAAAGACUAUAGAGAAAUGCUUGUGAAAUCCAUGUUCCGAAUCGCUCUAAAUCGAAGGUUGUUUCGAAUUUCCCGAAGAAAGGAUCCGCCCUAUUUCUCGUGUUCAGUUGCUUCAUAUGUUCUUGUUCGCGAUUUAAAGGCUUAUAUAAUGAGUUCAUCUUGUAAAGAGAAGGGGACUUUGGAGGCCCUUGAGUCCAUGCUUAUUGAGGUUGCAAGAGUACGUCUACAUGGAUUUUCGGAACGGGAAAUAUCCGUUGUUCGAGAUCUACUAAUGUCGAGUAUUGAAUCCGCAUAUUUGGAACGUGAUCAAAUUGAAUCAACUAGCUUGCGAUAUGAAUAUUCACAGCACUUCACUCACAAUAAACCCAUUAUUGGGAUUGAAUAUGAAGCUCAGCUCCAAAAAUCUAUUCUCCCUGAUAUAUUAGCAUCAGAGGUAUCCAAGUUUGCUGAGAAAUUAUGGACAUCAUGUAGCUGUGUCAUACAGAUAGUUGAACCACAAGCUUUUGCUUCUGUUGAUGACAUGAAAAAUAUUGUCAUGAAGAUCAACAAGCUUGAGAAUGAAAGGAGCAUUUCUCCUUGGGAUGAUGAACAAAUUCCCGAAGAAAUUGUCAGUUUAAAGCCAAACAUAGGGAACAUUGUUCAGCAGCGUGAACAUGAAAAUAUUGGAGCUACUGAAUUGAUUCUAUCCAAUGGCAUGCAUGUUUGCUAUAAGUGUACAGAUUUCUUUAAUGACCAGGUUCUUUUCACAGGUUUCUCCUAUGGUGGUUUAUCUGAACUCCCAGAAAACAAAUAUUUUUCAUCUUCAAUGGGAUCAACAAUUGCAGAGGAAAUUGGCAUGUAUGGUCAUAGACCUUCAGUGUUAAUGGAUAUGCUAGCUGGUAAGAGAGUUGAUGUGGAUGUAGAAGUCAGAUCCUACAAGAGAUCUUUUUAUGGUGAUUGUUCGCCCUUUUACUUGGAAACUGCCUUUCAGCUUGUUUACCAACUAUUUACAACAGAAGUAACACCAGAUGAUGAAGUCAUUAAAAGAGUGAUGCAAGUGAAAGAAGAAACAAUUCUUGCUCGAGAAAGGGAUCCCUAUACUUCAUUUUCUAACCGGGCUAGGGAGAUCAACUAUGGGAACUCUUACUUUUUCCGGCCUUUUGGAAUAAGUGAUCUUCAAAAAGUCGAUCCAUUAAAAGCAUGCGAGUAUUUCAAUACUUGCUUUAAGGAUCCAUCGACUUUUACUGUUGUAAUUGUUGGGAAAAUCAAUCCCACAGUUACAGUUCCUUUAAUACUGAAGUAUUUGGGUGGAAUUGGAAAGCCUCCUGAACCUAUUUUCCAUUUUAACUGUGAUCGCAUCAAGAGCUUACCUUUCAAAUUUCCCAAAUCCAUGACUAGGGAGGUCGUAUGCAGUCCCAUGAUAGAAGCUCAAUGUAUGGUCCGGAUAUGCCUUCCUAUAGAACUGAAGCAUGGAACUAUGGAGGAAGAGAUUCAUUAUACUGGGUUUCUAGCCAAACUACUAGAAACAAAACUACUGCAGCUUCUCCGAUUCAAACAUGGCCAGAUCUAUUCUGCAAGUGUUUCGGAAUUCAUUCAUGGUGAUCUGCCAUGUCUAACCGGAGAUAUUGGUGGUGACAUUCAAAUUGAUUUUUCCUGUGAUCCAAAAAUUUCCUUGAAGCUGGUUGAUAUGGCUUUGAAUGAAAUAUUACGUCUUCAAGAGGAGGGACCUGCAGAUCAAGAUGUUGAAACCAUACUCGAAAUCGAACAGAGAGCCCAUGAAAAUGGAUUGCAGGAGAACUAUUACUGGCUUAAUCUGAUUCUCGGCAGUUAUCAGUCACGGAUUUAUUCCGGCGAUAUCGGAACUUCUUUCAAGAUUCUAGAUGAAACGCGUUCAAAAGUUAGAAAAUCGCUGACAUCAUUAACGAUGCAAUUGGCGCUACGGCGGAUAAUGCCUUGCAACAAUCCGCACACUGUUGUGAUUCUAAUGCCCCAAACAUCAUGGUUUAAGAGGAUAAAGUCAUUUUCACAAUGGACCCUUCAUGGGAUCGAUAUGAAGAUUUUAGCAGCCAUUGCUGGUUUCACAGUUUUAGCUCUCAGUUUGAAGAGAUAUUCAAAGAGAUCUUAGAAGGAAAAAAAAACUGCACACAAAAUGCUUCCAGCAAGUUAAUAAAUGUGAAGAAAUAGGGUUUCAUUUCCACCAUAUUGAUAUUCAUUACCAGAGAGAUUGAAUGGAUUCAACAACUUCGUGUAAUUUUUUUGUGUCGGGAUCGUAUUUGUAGUUUCGAUAUUUUUCCAGUAAUUUGUAUUGUGUAAUUCUUUUAAGACAUUAGCGUAUUCAUAUCGUGUUUGUAUUAUUCUUUCGUGUAGGGUUUAAUAGUCAGGUUUAGCCAAAACCAUGAAUUUCAUACUCAUUGUUUGUAGUAAUUCUUUCAUACUGCAAUAUCAUACUGAUAAAUUUUAAAAUAAAAUAAUGAAGCAUAUAUUUGUUUGGUUA